CAACAGCAACUUCGUUGUCUUCUCUGUCAACUUGAGAAUUAUAGCCUCUAUCAUCUUUCUUCUUCCUCUUCAUUUCAUUUCACCUCAAAAUCAGAGAACACAAAAAUAUUCAAAACAACACACAAAUCAUCAUAACUCAUGGGAAAUCUUCUGUAAGGCGUGCUUGUCAUUAUAAGUUCUGAUACUCAGAAAUUUAAAAGAUAAACAAGUUGCUGGUUUUUUUCGUUAUUAUUCUACGAAAGUUUUACAAAUUCUGUAUUCUUUGGUGUCCCACCAAAAUUCAGGGAAUGCUGAAAGAUGUGCUUUCUAGUUAAAAACUCUUUUGCCGAUGCCAACGAGGCUGUACCGCCUUCUGAGCUAUCUUCAAUCAUCCUUGACGAGAUUGGAUUAGUCCAAUGUCAAUAUCUUUACCGUGCUCAAGUGAUUGAGGUGGCUACAGUUCUUCGCGAUUGUAAGAUUUCUUGAGAAGCGGCUUCUUGAUAUUAGCACUCGAUAAUACACAACGUUGUUACGAGAAAUGGAACGAAGUGGAAGUGUGAUUAUGCAACGAUAUGAACUAGGGAAAUUAUUAGGACAAGGAACCUUUGCAAAGGUCUAUCAUGGAAGGAACCUCAAAAACAGCAUGAGUGUGGCCAUCAAAGUUAUUGACAAAGAGAAGGUUUUGAAGGUUGGAAUGAUUGAUCAAAUUAAGCGUGAAAUUUCAGUGAUGAGACUAAUCAGGCAUCCACAUGUUGUCGAGCUUUAUGAGGUAAUGGCAAGCAAAACCAAAAUUUACGUUGUCAUGGAGUAUGUAAAAGGCGGUGAGCUAUUCAACAAGGUAUCUAAAGGAAAGCUCAAGCAUGAUGAAGCUAGGCGAUACUUUCAGCAAUUGAUCAGUGCUGUUGAUUACUGUCAUAGUAGAGGUGUUUGUCAUCGUGAUUUGAAACCAGAAAAUCUUCUGUUGGAUGAAAACGGAAAUUUGAAGGUCUCAGAUUUUGGGUUAAGUGCGCUUGCCGAGACUAAACACCAAGAUGGAUUACUCCAUACAACAUGUGGCACCCCUGCGUAUGUCGCUCCGGAAGUGAUAAACCGAAAGGGAUACGAUGGAACUAAAGCCGAUAUAUGGUCUUGUGGCGUAAUCUUAUAUGUACUAUUGGCUGGUUUUCUGCCAUUUAGAGAUCCGAAUUUGAUAGAGAUGUAUCGGAAAAUCGGCAAGGCAGAUUUCAAGUAUCCUAACUGGUUUGCAUCGGAUGUACGCAGAUUGUUGUCAAAAAUAUUGGAUCCAAAUCCAAAGACGAGGAUAUCAAUUGCCAAAAUUAUGGAAAGUUCUUGGUUCAAGAAGGGGUUAGAGAAGCCUAUUGUUCCUGACACAAACAACAAAGAACUAGCUCCUCUGGACGUUGAUGGAGUAUUUGGGGCUUGUGAGAAUGGAGAUCAUGUUGAUCUGUCGAAACCUUGUAAUAAUUUAAAUGCCUUUGAUAUCAUCUCCUUUUCGUCAGGUUUUGACUUGUCUGGUUUGUUUGAGGACAAUAAAGAACGAAAGACAGAAAUGCGGUUUACGUCUAACAAGCCUGCUUCAAUCAUCAUCUCCAAGUUUGAAGAAAUUUGUAAUCGUCUCGGGCUAAAAGUGAAGAAAAAAGAUGGAGGUUUGUUCAAGAUAGAAGGUUCCAAGGAAGGAAGGAAAGGACGUCUGGGUAUCGAUGCAGAGAUUUUCGAGAUCACACCCGUUUUCCAUUUAGUCGAGUUGAAAAAGUCGAACGGCGACACAUUGGAGUACCAAAAGCUUGUGAAGGAGAAUGUUAGGCCUUCGCUUAAGGACAUUGUUUGGAAUUGGCAAGGAGAACAACCACAGCAAUUGCAACAUGGAGCAUUGCAGAAAGAGGAACAGGCUUCUGAUUCUGGCAUAUCAGAGAUUGUUUUACCAACAACUUCUUAGUUAAUGGAUUUAUAUCCUUAAAUUUGUUUUUGUAUGAUUUAUGCUUUUUCAUUAUGUUCUUGGUCUCAAGUGUACACUGUCUUAUCUACAAUUGUCACAUUAUAAUUGUGGUUUAAGCAUGUGUGUAUACUUUUUUGGCCCUUUGGCCUUUGGGUCUUCUGUACUCUCUGUAAUUUGACUUUGUUGGAAACGGUGUUUGCAUUUUGCAGCAUAAAUGAUGGCAUGAUGAAAUUGCAAAAACUUUUAAA